GCCCCCCCAAAGCCCUGCCCGCCACCCCCACGAGCUGCCCAAGCCCGCGGGGGGAGCCGCGCACUGACAGCGCGAAACGCCAGACCUUGUUGCAUCGAUCCAAGUCGGACCUGAGCGACCGAUACUCGCGUGCCACGGCUGACUUGGAGCGUUUCUUCAAUUACUGUGGCUUGGAUCCCGAGGACGUGGGAGACGUGGAAAUGGAGCGGUUCACGCGGGCCAGCUCGGACAUUGUGUCCGUCAAGUUCCACAGCGUGAGCACCAGCAGCUCGGAGGGGACCCACUCGCGGCGCAGCACGGUCACCUUGGAGGAGAGGCAGGCCGAGCGCAUGCCUUACGGGAUCUCCAUCAUCGAGCGCAACGCUCGGGUCAUCAAGUGGCUGUAUGGACUGAGGCAAGCGAAAGAGGCCCAAAAGGUAUCCAAUGUAUAGCAGCCGUUGGGGGGGGGCUCCAACAUUGGUGGGGGGCGAGCCGCUCAAACUUUGUCCAAGUUUUUUGUUUCUGUUUGCAAUUCAAGAGAAACUUUUGCAAAAAUGUUGUAUCUAGUAUGUGUGGGGCAGUAGAUUCAGGCUCCCCUCAUUUUAAUCCUAAGAUCCUUUCCAUCAUGGGGGUGGGGGUCAGAAUCAAGCAGAGAAGACUUGAACUGUUCCUGAUCCAACCUGUGUUACCAAGAGGAUUGUCAAGACACACAGUGGUGAAAAACGUAACCCAGACGUUCUUCCCCACUCACCAUUUUCAAGGGGUGAUCAGUCUGGUCACGGUGGCUGGGGUUGAUGGGAGUCACGGUUUAUUACCUUCGGAUAAUUAUUACCUUUGAAUACCUUUGUAUCUGGUUGGGGAAUCUGGUUUGGAGUCUUGUUGAAGCGCUAUAGAAGAGGAACACCCCCUUUUCCUUCAGGAAGGGGAAAAAAAAAAGACCACCCAAAUUAUAGGCAUUGCAAAGCUCUCCUGACUGAUGUAGGUGUCUGCUAAACGCGACGAUGACAUCGUGACACCAUUGCACCAGUUAUGUCCCGUGCAACACGGUGUCUUUGUGCAAGUGACAUCAUGGCUGUCAUGUGAUCGUGCACACGAUGCCGAUGACGUCAUCCCGUCAUUUGCAUCAGGCUGUUAGCACCCACAUACCCUUGCUUGCUCCCCUACACCCCUAUUGUCCAGGAGCAGGCACCGCCAAGGCUGCCAGUUCAGAAGCCAGGCUGAUUUCUUCCCAGGGAUUGCACGGCACCCCUUUACGUGCUUCGCCCUGGGAACCAAUGUAGCGCACAAUAGCGGCCAGCUUUAGCCAAAGCAACACCACCGUCCGGGAACAAUGGAAGCCCGAACGGCUGAGUGAGCUGGAAAAUCCCCACAUCUAUUGUCAGCCAGGUGGAAGAAUGCAAACCGCCUUGGCCUGCACCCAGGAAAUGCUUCCUUGGCUCCUGCCUGGCAGAGUGAGGGGCGGAAUCCGUGGAGUCUUGCAAGGACCCCUUUUGCUGUAGAGGGGAGGCUUUGAGAGCCCCACAGAGGCCAGUCCCAGCUGUCAGGUGCGAAAAAGAGGAUUGUGGGUGGCUGCGACCAGGUGAGGGGCAGAAAAGUAUCCACAGCUUGGUGUUCUAGAGAGGCAUUGGGCUAAAACGCCUUUUAGGGCAGUGUU